CUCUCCUCAGACUUGUUUUUGAGCCGUGAGAGAGCAGCCAGAGGUCCGCCUUGCCGUGGCUCUCUGCUUCAGCCGAAAUGGCCUACACCGCCUACAGCGGCUACACCAAGCCGCCCCAGUCCUACGUGGGGUCUUACUACGACGAGAAGGCGCCGCAGACCUACGCGGACUACCAGGACUCGGUGUACGAGGAGAAAAAGAAGCUGGAGAAGAGGAAACGCCGGAACGCCAUCUGCUGUGAGGUGGUGGCGCUGGUCAUCGGCUUCAUCGGCCUGAUCGGAGUGGCGGCCGUGACGGGGCUGCCCAUGUGGAAGGUGACGGCCUUCAUCGAGGAGAACAUCAUCGUGAUGGAGACCCGCUGGGAGGGCCUGUGGAUGAACUGCUUCAGACAAGCCAACAUCAGGAUGCAGUGCAAGGUGUACGACUCCCUGCUGUUCCUGCCGCCGGACCUGCAGGCCGCCAGGGGGCUGAUGUGCGCCUCGGUGGCGCUCACCUCCUUCGCCCUGAUCGUGUCAGCGGUGGGGAUGAAGUGCACCAAGGUGGUGGACCACCGGGCGCGCACCAAGCACAUCGUGCUGGUGGCCGGAGGCUGCCUGUUCCUCAUGGGCUGCGUCACGACGCUCAUCCCCGUGUCCUGGACGGGUCACGUCAUCAUCAGGGACUUCUACAACCCGCUGCUGAUCGACGCCCAGCGCAGGGAGCUGGGCGAGGCGCUCUACAUCGGCUGGGUGACCUCGGCCCUGCUCUUCUCCGCCGGGGUGAUCCUGCUGUGCCGCCACGCUCCGAGGACCCAGGACCCGGAGGAGAGGAUCGUCUACAACCCCGGGGGAAGCAUCUACCAGCCGGCGUACACCUACCAGCCGUACACCUACCAGCCCGCAUACACCUACCAGCCCCCCUACUCCGUACCACCACCCGGAUCUGUAGCAUACACACCGACGCAAUACUAGACAAGCUAGGACUAGUGAAGAAAACCGCCACGAUUUUGCACGUCUGAAUGAGGAUGAUUACUCAUAAAAAGUCCCAUGGCGGUUAAAAUGAAAUGGACAUUUCUUUUUACAAAGUUGGACGAGUGCUUGAUGUUGUAAGACGUUACUGUGUGAUGAAUCACUGCAUGCUUUGUUUCCUCAUGCCUUUUCCCACAGAGCCACAGUCUCACAGAAUAUUUGACAAGCUCAGUAACGUGACAUUUACAUAUUGAAAACUUUUUUUUGUUUCGCUUUUGAUUAAACAAACGAUGCACUGGGAUUUUAUUUAAGUUAUAAACCUCCAGAUGAUGUUUGUUCACUGCUGAGGUCUAUUUCUUAUCAAUGUACAUAGUUUUCCAAAAUGCUGACCUAAAUUAAGGUCAAUUGUGGUUACGAAUAAAGUGAUAAAGCUGAUUAAAAAAAAAAA